UUUCUUUCUUUCCCCCUCCUCCCUCCUCGCGUCCAAUAAAAAGGGGAAAAACUUUUUUUCCCCCUUCCCCCAAUUUUUGAUGCUUAAACCCUCGCUGGGAGGAGAGGACUCCAAUCCCGACGCGCGCCGUAGCCCCCGCCCGGAUCUCCGCCAUGGCCACCGCGCCGCAGCAGCAGGCCCAGGGCUCCGCAGAUAGCAUGAUCUCGCUGCAGUCGGAAGCUGUACUGGAGAAUAACCCCUCCAAGAGCGCAAGCUCUAAGGAGCAGGUUAUUUCUGGUACGGAGAAUAUGGCUGCAGGCAAUGCUCGUGGUGCCAGCUCCUUAAAAUCGCCAAAAGGAGCACCGGAAAAAGCUAGCUCUGUCGGAAAAGGUGGAGAGCAGCCGUUUCUCUACCAGCACAAUGUGUAUGCACCGCAGCCACAGGCACUCUAUCCUGGAGGAUACAUGAAUCCUUCAGGGCAAUGGGAGGAAUAUCCCCAUUAUGUGAACAUGGAGGGUCUCCACUCUGUAUCACCUGGUAUCUACAAUGACAUGCUAUCUCCUGGAUAUGCAAACAACCCCCAAAUGAUGUAUGGGGCUUAUUCUCCUGUUUCAACUGUUGGAGAUGGCCAACAAUACUUGCCUGUGCACUUUCCCUUCUCAAGUUCAUACUACCAACCACCGGCUUCUCCUAGCAUGGGAUAUUCAAACUCAGUGACAGGGAUGUCUCAAGGAGACCAUAUGCUUCAGCCAGAGUACUUCCUUCCUGAUGGCCUUCUGUAUUCACCCACACCAGGGUAUCACCAACCAUUCAGUUCGUUUGACAGAGCGCCAACGCAGCCAAAUAACACACCUGGAUUAUUUGGUCAAGGGAAUAUGCCACUGGCUUCUGGAAUGCAUCACGGAUCGCCAUAUGGUCCUGGAUCCUAUAAGGCACGCCAGCAAGGUGGCAAACUUGGAGGCACUGCUCCAAGUUGGAAUUCUGGUCGCAGAUUUGGUGCUUUUGACUUGAGUGCCAAUCAACAAAGGCCAUUUGGUAGUCACAAUGGCUCUCUGGAGUUUAUGAAUGAGCAAAACCGUGGGCCACGUGCUACAAAACCAAAGAUACAAGACACAGAGAACUCCUCAGCAGAUGAGAAAAGUGAGAAAACUGUUCCAUUGAUUGAUAGCGAACUGUACAAUCGCCCUGAUUUUAUCACCGAGUACAAAGAUGCCAAAUUCUUUGUAAUAAAGUCCUACACUGAGGACCAUGUACAUAGGAGCAUUAAGUAUAGUGUUUGGGCCAGCACAGCUAGCGGGAAUAGAAAGCUGGAUUCUGCUUACCGUGCAGCCAAAGAGAAAGAAGACCAUUGCCCUAUUUUCUUGUUUUUCUCGGUUAACGGCAGUGGUCAGUUUUGUGGUGUGGCUGAGAUGAUUGGACCUGUCGAUUUCGACAGAAGUGUUGAUUACUGGCAGCAGGACAAGUGGAGUGGCCAGUUCCCUGUGAAGUGGCACAUAAUUAAAGAUGUCCCAAAUAACCUUCUGCGGCACAUCAUUCUUGAGAAUAAUGAUAAUAAACCUGUGACAAAUAGCAGGGAUACACAGGAGGUGAAGCUGGAACAGGGCCUCCAGAUGUUAACCAUCUUCAAGAACCAUGAGGCUGAGACGACAAUCUUGGAGGAUUUCGACUUCUAUGAGCAGCGGGAGAAAGCCCUGCAGGAGAACAGACGUCAACAGCAACCUGGCAACACCAUUCCUCAGAAGCCAGCGGAUACCAAGGCUCAAGCUCUUGUGGCUGAUAUGUCAGAUGCAUUUGCUAAGGCUGUCCAGUUGGAGGAGGCCGAGAACAGUGGGAAACCCCCGAAAGCUGAGAGCGCCUCAGCUGAAAAUGGAUCCACAGCCACAGCUAAGGUCGAAGAAGGCGACACAAAUGUGAAAGCAGACCCUGUGGAGGGAAGUGGUUGAUUCAUCUGUCUGCUAAUUUGUAAGCAGCAGUUGAAUAGUGUGCUGCUUUGUGAAGGUCGGAGGGGGGCAAAGUGCAGGUUGAUUGUGUUAAAUAUGGUCGUGUCGCGUCAGUUGUACAACAUCAUAGGGCUUUGUUUCAUCAUUUAGGUUAUAAUUUCAAUAUCAUAGUUCCAAAAUUAUUGUUUGCAGUUCUCUUCGUCCCUGUUUUAUUUCCGCAUGUUCUUCCUUGUUCCUCGUGUCGCACCAUGAAUGCUGUUCAUUCUAGUGGUUUAGCCAUAAGAAGCUGCAAAAUUAAUGCUGCGGGAACGCUGCAUUUUCUGCAGUUGGAUGAUUAUACUAUCAUGUCUUUCCUUGUCUACUACAUCCUCGUGUAAUUUCAGAGCAAAUCCUCCUUUGUGCA